GUAUGUCGCAAUUACAAAGCAUUUCGCGAGCGUUGCUUGCACAGAGCUUCUACGACGGAAUGAGCCCCUUUCAUUCAUCCGGUUUUCUGCACUUGUGUUUUCAUGAAUGCAGCGGCGGGUGGCAAUCUUUUGUUGUUUUCUUCGUUCCGCAUGCCGGCCAUAUUCGUUGGUGGCUCGUUACCGUGCGGUGCAAAGCGUGAAAUUUCUUCUGAUUUUCCCGAACGGUGUCACAAUUAUACUAUCUGCGCUGCCAUGGCUUGUAGGAAUUUACGAAUAAAACGUAUUCAGUGCCCAGACUGAGUGACUUUCAGCAGGAUCAACAUGAUGCUCAUUGCGCUCGUAUGCAUGCUGGUUCAUCGCUUGGAUUUGGGGGCGGCAGUGUCGCAAGAUGGACGAGAUCUUUUUGUGGGACUUCCUAAAGGAGCGCCGCUGGGUCCCACCUUCAUUGGGCUUACUACACCUCGACCCCCUUUGAGUUCGUUGUCAGCAUUACAGACUUUUGGAGCUGACCAGCGUCUAGAUAGACCAGGUGACUCUCCUGGCUACUACGUUGAGGCUAAGCAGUUUUACCGUGUGCCGCCUACCCGGUCAUCAGCAACGAGAAAUAAGGGGACAAGUGCACUGAAGGUCGCAGCUGCUCUUGCUCUGUUAGCCGUUUUGGGGACUGAGGUUGCCGAUUACGUUGAUAGACAACAUGAAGGCGAAGUGACAGAUUUGGAGUAUGACCGGAGGAUGCAGACAACUAGGACUGCUUUAGGUGUCACCCGCUUAGCCUCUCUUGUGUUAGCAACCUUCGGUGGUGUACGUUUUAUGUUGGACAAGGCAAGCAAAUGGAUGAAGGCAAGAAAAGUUGAGGACUCAGAGAAAUCCGAGCGUCGAUAGGUGCCAUUUGUACGGGGUUCAGAGUCCACCGUGCGGGGGCGCCACGACACAGAACAGCGGUAUGCUGCAACGAUCAAGUGGUUUUUACCUGAUUUAUGAGGUUUGCUGUCGAUGACUGAUGAUCAAUUUUUAUGCUGUAAAACUGCUGCUCUUGCCUCUUGUCUGAAAAAAAAGUGUAUUUUCUGGCUACAUCCUAAUUCCAGAGGCCGAGAAC